AUGUUUAGUAAUAAACCAUCAACAGAAACAAUAACAAAAAUUUUGUCAAAUCCAUCUUCAUUCUUAUCACACAAAGUUAAUAAUAAUAAUAAAUUAUCGAUAUUAACUAAUUCUGUAAUUAGACAUUUCAGUGUUAGUAGUUAUAACGAAAAUAAUUUCGAAUGGGUUAUAAGAUUUAUUGUUUUUGGAAUUACUGGCUCAACAACUGUUAGAGUUGUUAGACCAAUAGUCAAUGAUAUAUUUGGAAUAGAUGCUUCAUUGAAGGACCUUGGUCAUUUCGAUUAG